AUGUCUUACCCCGAGCAGUUCAUCGGCUUUCGGGCUCCCAACGCUGAGGCGUGGAAGGACUUUCAGAAGGAGUCGUGGGCGCCGCGCCCCUUUGAGGACGUGGACGUGGACGUGCAGGUCGAGUGCUGCGGCGUCUGCGCGAGCGACCUGCACAAGAUCUCGGGCGAAUGGGGUGCAUGCCCGUACCCGCUGGCCGUCGGGCACGAGGUGGUCGGCCGCGUCGUGCGCGUCGGCGCCAAAGUGACGUUCGCGCAGGUCGGGCAGCGUGUCGGCGUGGGCGCGCAGGUCUACUCCUGCCUCGAGUGCCGGCAGUGCAAGAACGGCAACGAGACGUACUGCACUAAGCAGGUCGACACGUACGGCGGGCUGUACCCUAACACGGAGCACAUUACCCAGGGCGGCUACGCGUCACACGUCCGCGUGCAUGAGUACUGGGUGUACCCCAUCCCGGACGGCCUCGACAGCGCCCAGGCAGCGCCGCUACUGUGCGCGGGCAUCACCGUCUUUUCGCCCCUCAAACGCUUCGGCGCGGGGCCCGGGAAAAAGGUCGGCAUCGUGGGCGUCGGCGGCCUCGGGCACUACGGCAUCAUCCUCGCCAAGGCGCUCGGGGCGGAGGUCUGGGCCAUUUCGCGGACGCGGGCCAAGGAGGCCGACGCGCGGGCCAUGGGUGCCGACGGCUUUCUGGCGACGUGCGAAGCGGGCUGGCACGAUGCGCCGCACGCCAUGACGUUUGACCUCAUCAUCAACACGGCGACGUCGUUUGACGGGUUCGCGCUCGGUGAAUACCUCAGCCUGCUCGACGUGCACGGGCGCUGGAACUCGGUCGGGCUGCCGGGCGGCGACGGCCUGGCGGUGCGCAACCAGGACUUUCUCGCAAACGGCUGCUUCAUCGGCAGCUCGCACCUGGGCAGCCGCGCCGAGAUGCUCGAGAUGCUGGGGCUCGUCGCGGACAAGGGGCUACCGUCGUGGGUGGAAAGGAUCCCGCUGUCCAAGGAGGGCCUGCAGCAGGCAUUUGGCAAGCUGGAGACGAAUAAGGCGCGCUACCGCUCGUGCAUGACGAAUUAUGAGGAGCAGUUUGGCGCGUAG